GACGAAAAGAUCCAAACGCGGCGCUUAAGCUCCGUCUCCUCCUCCCACCAAACUAUCCGACAAUAAAGAAGAGAAGGAACCCUAAAUAUCUCUCUCUCAAAUCCCUAAAAAGUAGCCGACUCUCAUCCAGGGUUGUUGUUGCUGCCUCAAACCCUAGUUUCCGUCUCCUCUCUGUUGGAUCUCUCUCUCUAUCAGAUUACGUGUAUGUUCCGAAUAUGAGUGACAAGAAGGUAUUUGUGUUUGGAUCUUUUACAGAACAUGAAACAAGGUCUCUACUUGAGCAGAAACCCAUUAAGGCUCCUCAGAAUCAGAAAGAAAAGUCUGUAGGGAGUAUACAAUUCGGCUCCUUUAACUGUGUUCCCGAAAGUACUUCUGUUAACAACACUAAUGGCGAGUUGAAGAAGGCUCAGGCUGCUGAUGGAGUAGUUAAAUCUCGACCUUCCAGCUCUCAUAAGGAAGAUAAAAUUAUUCAAUCUGCUGUGUCUCAAAAGAGACUUGAUGCUUCUAGACCUUCCAGCUCUGAUAAGAUCAAGGAUAAUGUUGCAAAGCUCUCUGGGAAACACUCUUCAGGAGUUCCGGAGCAUGUGGUAGAAAACGGAACUAUUAAAGAGGUCUCUCAAAGAAAACCUCUCAACAAUGGUGUGGCGGCGAAGGCAGAUCCUAUUGGUUUGGAGAAGCUGUCUGUAUCAGAUGGUGAAAGUGAUUCUUUGUAUAAAGCUUCAAGCUCAAAGUUCCAAGCCCUGGACAGCGAUAUUUUGCUAAGUAGUUCUUCAUCUGGCAGCGUACCAAGAAAGAACAACCAGAUGGUUCAUACUGAACCUACUCCGCCCCUUAAAGACUUCACACCAAGAGGAUUAAUAAACGCUGGAAACUUGUGCUUCCUCAAUGCAACAUUACAGGCUUUACUCUCCUGUUCUCCUUUUGUGCAGCUCCUCCAGGGAAUACAACUCCAAGAUAUUCCAAAGGCUGAGUCUCCAACUUUAACUGCAUUUUCCGAGUUCAUAUCUGAAUUAGAUGUGCCAAGCAGUUCAAGCUUCAGAAACAAUGUUGCUGUUGUUCAGUCUGGUAGACCUUUUACACCUGCCAUGUUCGAAGCGGUCCUUAGAAAGUUUACCCCAGAUGUACUCAACAACAUGUCUGGUCGCCCAAGGCAAGAGGAUGCUCAGGAAUUUUUGAGCUUUAUAAUGGACCAAAUGCACGAUGAGCUGCUGAAACUCAGGGAAGAGUCUCCUAAACUUACUGGUUCAAAGUCAUCUGUUCUUUCUUCUGCCAGCGAUGAUGAUGAAUGGGAAACGGUUGGACCCAAAAACAAAUCUGCUGUGACAAGAACACAAAGUUUUGUUCCUUCUGAACUCAGUGAUAUUUUCGGUGGGGAGCUAAGAAGCGUAGUGAAGGCACAAGGGAACAAAGAUUCUGCUACGGUACAGCCAUAUCUCUUACUCCAUCUUGAUAUUCACCCGGAAGCGGUGCGUGCAAUAGAAGAUGCAUUGCAUUUGUUUUCUGCCCCAGAAGAUCUUGAAGGGUAUCGAGCCUCUGUUACUGGGAAGGCUGGUGUAGUGAGUGCUAGAAAGUCGAUAAAGAUACAGAAGCUCUCAAAGAUAAUGAUACUGCACCUUAAGCGUUUUAGCUACGGAAACCAAGGGAGUACUAAGCUCCAUAAACCUGUUCACUUUCCCCUUGAGCUCAACUUAGGCCGCAACCUUCUUGCUUCUUCUUCCAACGGGGGGUUAAAAUAUGAGCUUGUGGCAACGAUUACCCACCAUGGAAGGGACCCCUCGAAAGGCCACUACACCGCGGAUGCUCGCAGAAAGAACAAUCAAUGGCUUAGGUUCGAUGAUGCAUCUGUGACUGCCAUAGGGACAAAACAGGUUUUGCACGACCAAGCCUAUGUUCUGUUCUACAAACAAGUGUAAGAGAAUCAAAAGCAAUCUAUUUCCAUGGUCGGGGAAAGGAGAGGCAAAACAUCUUUGUUGGCUUUAGUUUCUUGUAUUUUGAGUUCUCAUAUAAAAACUUUGAAGCAGAGAAUCUCAAUAGGUAAAUAGUUUUUAGAGUACCUACCUGGUUGAGCUGAAAGUUUUGUUUUGAUUCCUUGAGAUGGGAAUGUUUUAAUGUUAUUCAUACGUUUAUUAUUAUUUCACAGACUUAUUAAGAUUCAGCUGUAUUAGUCUAUAUGCUCUGGUAAAUACUCUGGAUCAUGGUUCAGAGAUUUGGUUAACCAAUCCAGA